AAAAUGAAACAACCAAAAUGAGAUUUGGGUUAUUUCCAGGGGCUUAAAAAUAAAAUAUAAAAUUUAAGGGCGAAGGGCUCUCUCCUCUCCGCGUUUAUUCUCAUUCUCCAUAACCAGUCCUGGAAUCCAGCCGCACCUCCCUACGCCGGCCAAGGGACUCGUACGCAGUCAAAACGUUCGACUCGCCACUCGUUGACGCUCCGAACUAGUUUUCCGAAAAUGAGAAACAUAGUUCGAUUAGCUGUUCGGACCUUGAAUGAUGUCUCGCCGCCUCGAUUUUUCGUGAGAACUCUCUCUUCAAAUUCAAUCUUCGGUGGGAGAAUGGGUGAUAAUGAAAGUAGUAACUCAAUGGAAUCUUCUUCCGAUUUCCAGCAGAGGAUUUUAGGUGGAAAUUAUGGGAAAAGUUCAACAACAAAUUCUUUAUUCGAAAAGCUCGAUAGCAUUGGGAAGGGUCGCGAUAGCUUUGUCUCAAAUAAGAAUGCUGAGAGUAAUUACGGUGUAUUGGAUGGAUUAGACGAACAUUUCAACACUAUACAGGAUGGAAUGGAUGGGAAGCUACAGAACGCAGCCACAUAUUUUGAGUUUGAUCCUGAAGAAAUAUUGCAAGACGAGUAUUCUUUCAGGCCAGACGUGAAUUUCAGAAGGGGGAUGACUUAUGACGUUAAGGAUCUUGAUUUAACUAAGCCAGGAGUUCGUAAACCUCCCCCGAGGGCUGAGUUUAAAGUUACGACGGCAGAAGUUCUGAAAAAAGCUGAUUUUAGGAAUAUACGAUUUCUUGCAAAUUUCUUAACGGAUGCUGGAAUUAUCAUCAAAAGGAGCCAGACUGGCAUCAGUGCCAAGGCCCAGAGGAAGGUUGCUAGGGAGAUCAAAACAGCCAGAGCCUUUGGUCUAAUGCCUUUCACAACAAUGGGGACAAAACAAUUUGUUUUUGGAAAAACUAUGGAGGGUCUCGAUGAAGACUAUGAGUAUGAAAAUUAUGAUGUGAUUGCUGAUGCAGAAUAAACAAAUGGCUCUAUAAAUGCCUAAAGCUGCUUGUCUGAGGGUUGGAAUUGUAACACACCUUCUCCAUAUUUGCCUUGCCCUAAAAGAACACUGAAACUGGAACCGAAAAGAUCUCGAUUAACUUCAAAAGUAUUUCUCCUUUUUUUGAAACCCCUAUGGAUGUUGUGAGCUUGGUUUGUGAAAUUAUUAGCCUUACACAUGUACAAGUGCAUUUUUGCUAGUUUUAUUUUGUUUUAUUUACCUUUAGUAUAGGUACUAAUUUAAAAUAAUGGCAUACAGGAACUCCAUUUGUAAGAGAGGUUUUCAGCAAUGGCCUUUAGUUGGUACUCAUGGCAAUGACAAUCUCUGCAUGGCCAUUUAUCUUC